AACGGGAGAAAAAAAAUUAAAAAUCGAAAGUGUGUGAAAUCAUAGAGUACAGAUCGGAAUAUCGGCCAUUUGGGCAACCCGUCCCAUCGAAACCGGUCCAACCUCUCUCUUGUUAGUUAAUCGAGGGCAGAUGCUGAUUUUUUUCUUUCUUUUAAUUUCUUGACUUCAAAUGAUCAUUAUUCAAUCUUUUGUUCGCUUUAUUUCUAAAAAGCGUUUUCGUUCAUUGUCAUGGUUACCAGGAUCAUGCAUUUGGACAAUGCAUGCAGAGUUCAUCGGACAUCUCCCAAGAGAAGGAAUGGGCUACCGGACAUGAUGCGUGAUUUUUUGGCUUCUUAACUGAACUUCAAUUGAAAAUCCAUGUGAAUAAUCCCAGCAGCUUGUCUAAUGCUUUCGAGACUUCUUGUGAUUGGCCAACUCUUGAUAACAUCUAUCUGGACGGAGGUACAUUCCGAGAAGGAAUCAUCACUUCAUCCAUUCACAAAUGACCACUCCCAGUUGGCACAAAUGAAAGAGACAGCCAAUGGACAACUAGUCGCUGAACACAUUUGGGUAAUUUCUGAUGCCCGUUACCUCAUUCAUGUGUCCCCAGAGGGACAUUCGGUGCCCGGACCCGAUUUCUAUACCAGCAGACCCGGGUACAAACUUCGUCCUAUGAUCACUACUAGACAGGUCAAUCCUAGUAAUGGUUUGACUUACGUGGGUGUUUGGUUUUCUCUAAUACCUGGGCUUUACGAUGACGUAAUGGAAUGGCCCUUUCCUUUCACCGUCAAUAUAACCCUAGUGGCCCAAAAUGAUCCCGGAAAUUCCCUGCAUCUGAUGGUGAAUCCGACUACUGCCAUCUGUCGCUUGAGAAAGCAGUUUCAUAAACCAAAACUGGAGAGUCAUAAUAAGAAAGGAUGCGGUAAAGAAUUCUUCGUCUCGCAUUCUCGUCUGCUGGAAGAAAGCACCCCAUUUUUGUUUGGAGAUGAACUUCUUCUCAGAACGACGGUCUUCCUAGAGGAGAGGGGAGACCCACCCAAAAGAGCAAAAGUAUUCUUGCGAGGACAUCAAAUGGUGUCGGAAUUUACAUGGCAUGUGACAGAGAUCAGUGAGAAGAAGAUGGGACAAGUGACUAGCAAUCCUUUUUACGUGAAUAGCGAAAGUUACUUGAUAAUCCUGCAGAUGUCCUUUUCAGGAGACGAUGACGUCGGUCUCUUCAUUGUCCUCAUCCCGGGUGACUUUGAUGAGUCACUGCUCUGGCCAUUCGCCUAUCACAUCGAGUUGUCCAUCGUGAACCCUUCAGCAACCAAUACCGACAGGACUGCAAGCAUCGAUCCAACAUCGGGUGCUUGCCCCCUAGCCGCUUUCACUAAACCUCGUCAACAGCCUAACGUCCCUUGCGGCUUCAGAAAACUAGCCAAGCUUUCGAUGCUUGAAGCCAAAGGUUUGCAAAGGAACAACAGCCUGCUCAUAAAAUUCACUGCAAUCCUGGAUCAGUUGCCUCACUUCGCCAAGUUGGCAGUGAAAGAAAAUUUUCUUGUGGGGGAAUAUAACUGGAGAAUACCAAACAUCGAGAGAAAGAUUCAACAAGCCAAAUUAAAUCGAAUGCAGAACUUGCUGAGUGAGAGGUUUUACACGUCUGAUCAGGGAUACCUCAUGCAGUUGCAGAUUAAGUUCGAGAACAAGACGGAAGGUUACAUUGGACUCUUCCUGACUCUUCUGGAAGGUGCAUACGAUCAUCUCUUAGAGUGGCCAUUUGCCAAAAAAUUCGUUCUCUCGGUACUGGACCAGCAGCAAGAUUCUGGUCAUCUGGAAGUAAUCGUGGAUCCCUCGGAUCCUUACAUUCGAUCCGACCUCUGUUCUGGAUCUUUCUGGCGGCCGGUCGGUAGAAAUGACGCUUGUGGAUCGUCUACUGUUGUCCAAUACGAUCAACUUUAUGACAGGAAAUUCAUUAGGUUUGGAGCUUUGGUUGUAAGGGUCAUCCUAUUUUUGGAUGAGCUACGCCCUCCUCGAUUCGCAACUUUGUCUUUUUCUGAAAACUUUUUAGUGGCUCAAUAUGUUUGGCGAAUUCCCGAUCUGGCGGAGAAGAUCCGUGAAACAAAAAAUGGAAGAUUGACAUUUAUCGACAGUGAAAAAUUUUACCUCUCGAACAAUGGCUACAGAAUGAUGUUGCGACUGUACCCAGAAAAAACGGAGGGUUUUGUUGGAGCGUACGCUGUUUUGACGAAAGGAGCGUACGAUGCUGAUUUGGAGUGGCCAUUCACAUACAACUACAAACUGGAGAUCAUUGGCUCUGGAAAUUCCAUAAGCAGAAGCACAUUUCCGGGACGUGCAGACAGUGGAUGUCCAGACAUUGCCUUUGAUAGACCCACCAGAGAACUGGCCGAGUGGAGCUGUGGUGAAGGAAACAUGAUUGCGCACAAUUCAUUAUUCAAGGAGUCCUUUAUGGACGAAGACGGUGAUAUCAAGCUUGCCAUCUCUGUUUACCUGCAAGAACUGAUGCAUCCCAUUGCAUCGAUCGGUUUCGAACAAGGAUCUCUGAAAGCAAAAUAUUCGUGGAUCUUAAAAAAUGCUCCCAAAGCCCUCAGAUUGCUUGAGGUGGGCGAAAAGAACAAGUUAGAGAGUCCGGUAUUUUACACAGAGAAUCAAGGCUAUGCUGUCCGACUCACUUUGUCCAUAAAACGAAACGGGAACUCAGGUGUUGAGGGAGAACUCUCUGUCGGCCUGUACUGGACACUUCAGUGGGGUCCCUAUGACGAUGUCCUGCUGUGGCCAUUUCAGACUUUGAUCUCGCUCAGUAUCGUGGAUAUUCGUGGAGGAGGGAAAACCAUUCAAAAAGUGAUUGAUCCUCUCCACAGCAUGUGUCCCCCUGAGGCUUUCCAGAGGCCUCGAAAGAUGCAGAACGAUCAUUCUUGUGGUUUUCCCCGUCUCAUCACUCUGAACUCAUUACUCGCUGACUAUGUUUCGAACGACGUACUACACAUAAAAUCAUCAUUUGCGUUGAAUCCUAUUUGAAAAAAAAACAGUCCUUGUGUUUUUCAUUACGUGAUAUAAAUUGAAGGAGGCUAUUAUCCUUUAGAAGGGGAGUAUAUUCCCCUCAACAUAAUUUAAUGAAGUGCUUAAAAGAGAGAUAAUUAAUAGUUUGUUUUUGAGAUUACCUAUAACAUACGUCCACUGUGAAGGGGUUACGUGAAAUUGAAUAGCACAUGAUCAGGGAGAGUUUAUAAAACACGAACGCUCGUCACUAUUUUUUUUUUCGAAGUUCAUCUCGAAAUCAUUUGAAACUUUUACAAGCGGAAUUCAAUUACAGUUGUGUUUUAAUAUUCACCUUUUAAUAUUUGGUUUUAACCUUACUCGCAUGAGUUCAGUGGAAUGAGAUAUUUUUUUCGUAUAGUAAAAGUUUUCUACUCAGCGUCAGUCAUAGAUUAGCAUUUACAGAGGUAAAAAAAUGAAAAGUACUUUCAAAUAACUUGUUUGCCAACUGAAAUUGUGACUCUCAAAUAACUCAACUAACUUGUGGAUGUAAGCCUUUACGUGCCAAAACACGAUGAACACCACUCCGAUAUCCUCCUACUGCAACAGAGAUUCCUUCAAACGGUAUCAAUACAUUUUGUUCCAUGAUGGGAGUUCGAGUCACUCGUGGCCCAUCCUCACUAUACCUAUUACCUCAUACUGAUCCAUAUUCGCUCAAAUUAUGAUGCAAAUUAAUAAACAUCCGUCCUGCCCGUGAAUCUUCCUGUUGGUACCUUUCUCGAUACAAUUUUCCUGGUACUCAGGCAUUUUCCUCAGUCGAUUUGUACGUCAUGUGCAAAUCUCCAAGCUCGGUGUUCGUGAAACGUUACAUAUUCUCUGUGAGCGAUAGCAGCCUAAAUAUCUGUGGCAAUGCAGGUCUGUUUCAUACAAUGCUCUUGUAAACAACAACACCUAACGACGAACGAAAACGUUUCCGACCAUGUGUUGCUAAGCGAAUCUGAAUCCUUGUGAUGUCUCCUACCUGCCCUUAAAGAUUGUUCCAAUGAUCUUGGAAUACACUGUAUAAGAAAGUUUAGAAUAUAUUUUCAAGUUAA